AAGCGUUAAAUGGAUGAUAUCACUUGCGGAACUUUGCUAUGAUUAAUAACAAUACAAAAAAACAAUUAUUUUAUUUGAACAAAAAUAAGUUUUUUGUUAUAAGUAUAAUCCAAAAAACUUUAUUUUAAGUGAAAAAUUUAUGCAAAUAAAACUAAAUAAAAAUAAACAAAAAGUGUGAAUUUUGUAAACUGCAAAUUUUACAGAAAGCAUUUGUUGACUUAAUCAGAUCAUUAAAAUUUUUUAAAUUGAAAAAAUAAGAAAUUGCUAUUAACGUUUAUACAUAUAUAUAUAUAUAUAUACAUAGAAAUAGUGAUUAAUAAUUUGAUCUUUUUGUUUUUGAAAGUUGGAAAAAAUUUUCUUGAAAUAAAUAAGAAAAUAUUGCAAAAAUGAAUAAAUUUGAGAAAAAUUCAACUGCACUAAAUGAAAUUAAUGGAGUGAAAAAAGUUGCAGAAAUUGAAAUACUCAUUAAUGGAAAGCUGUACAAAGUAAAUCCUAAUUUCGUACCGAUCAAUACAAGUUUAAAUACGUUCAUAAGAAAUCAUGCUAAUUUACCUGGCACAAAGUUUAUGUGCUUAGAAGGUGGAUGUGGUGCAUGUAUUGUCACAGCAUACGGAGAACACCCAGUUACAAAGAAAUCCAAAUCAUGGGCAAUUAAUUCUUGUUUGACUUUAGUAUAUGCAUGUCAUGGUCUUCAAAUAAUAACGAUAGAGGGAAUUGGUAAUAGAAAAGAUGGAUACAAUCCUAUCCAAAAACGUUUAGCCGAUUUUCACGGAACUCAAUGCGGCUAUUGUUCACCUGGUAUGGUAAUGAAUAUGUACAGUCUUUAUCAAGCAAAUGAUGGUAAACUAACCAUGGAAGAAAUCGAAAAUUCUUUUGGUGGAAAUAUAUGCCGUUGUACUGGAUACAGACCGAUUCUAGAUGCAUUCAAAUCGUUCGCUGUAGAUGCAGGAGAUAAAUAUACACAAAUGUGUAGAGAUAUGGGAAGUGAUAUUGAAGAUUUACCAACUAAAACAUGUGGAUCAACUGGACUUGCGUGUUCUAGGAAGUGCGAUUACAAUACUUCAAAUGGUUGUCAAAAAUCUUACCAAGGGUUGCGAUUAGUUUUUGAUAAUGGAAAAGAAUGGCAUAAAAUUUUGUCUUUAAAUGAUUUGUUUUCUUUGUUUAAGUCUAUUGGAGAGAAAACAUACAUGUUAGUUGCAGGUAACACAGCUCAUGGAGUUUACAAACGUAAUCCGAACGUAACAGUUUUUAUUGAUGUUAACUCAAUUGAAGAGCUUCAUCAAUGUGAAACAAAUGCCCCCGCCAAAGUUGUUUUGGGAGGCAAUCUUAAUUUAACUGAAACAAUUAAAUUAUUAAAUGAGAUAUCUUCUAAAAAAGGAUAUGAAUAUUGCAAAAAUUUGGCAAAACAUAUCGACUUGAUUGCAAAUGUUCCUGUAAGAAAUGUUGGAACAAUAGCUGGAAAUAUUUCAAUUAAAUAUGCUCACAACGAGUUUCAGUCAGAUGUUUAUCUGUUAUUAAACGCGGUUGAUGCUAGUAUUGUAAUAGCAAAGGAGAAUAACAAAGAAGGAGGAGACAGAGCAUAUACUUUGGAGAAUACAAGUCCCGAAAACUUUUUAAAGAUUAAUAUGAACAAACGAGUCAUUCACAGCAUAGAAUUAAAACCUUUAGAUCCAUCUACAAAUAUAUUUAGAUCCUACAAAAUAAUGCCAAGAGCACAGAAUGCUCAUGCUUCAGUAAAUGCAGCUUUCUUGGUAUCUCUAAACGAACAUCAGGCUGUGAACAGUAUACGAAUUUGCUUUGGUGGUAUAAAUUCAAAGUUUGACAGAGCUUUGUCGCUUGAAACUGAGUUAAUAGGUUUGAAAUUGUACGAACCAGAAACUUUGGCGAAAUCUGUUCAAAUACUUGAAAGUUCAUUGAGUCCUUGUAAUUCGUUGCCGGAUCCAAGUCCUCAAUAUAGAAAAAAGUUAGCUAUAGGAUUGUUUUAUAAAUUCCUGUUAAAUAUUUGCCCUUCCAAUAAAAUUAAAUCAGAAUUAAAAUCUGGGGGCUCUAUUUUAACAAGAGGUUUGAGCUCCGGUAUUCAAACGUUUGAUACUCACAAAGAUAAAUGGCCUUUAACUCAACCAAUUCAAAAAGUUGAAGGUCUCGUACAAUGUUCAGGUGAAGCACAAUAUUUUAAUGAUAUUCCUCACCAACCUGAUGAAUUAUGGGCUGCUUUCGUUCAAGCUAAAGUUGUUCACUCUAAAAUUGAGAAAAUUGAUGCUACUGCAGCAAUGAAAUUACCAGGAGUUCACUCAUUCAUUUCAGCAAAGGACAUACCAGGAUCAAAUAAUUUUAGCCCUAAAAAUAUGAUGAUGGUUUUUGAGCCUGAAGAAAUCUUUUGCUCGGAAAAAGUACUAUAUUAUGGACAACCUUUGGGAAUGAUUUUAGCUGACACCUUGGACUUAGCUAAGGAAGCUUCUUUGCUUGUGAAAGUCAAUUACUCAAAAACAACUGACCCUGUGUAUCCAACAAUAAAAGAUGUUUUUGAUAACAAAGCUUAUGAAAGGAUUCAGGAAACGCAAUUUAAAAUUGAUCCUAAAAUUGAGACAAUAGAAAAUAGACAUAUUACUUUAAGUGGCAGGUUUGAAGUUGCUGGGCAGUAUCACUUUACGAUGGAGCCUCAAACAACAGUCUGUAUACCAAUAGAAGACGGAAUUGAUGUAUACUGUGCUACUCAAUGGAUUGAUUAUGUUCAGGUUGCAAUAUCGCAAAGCUGCUUACUCCCUGAAAGUAGUAUUAAUAUGCACGUUAGGCGGCUAGGUGGAGCAUACGGAGCUAAAAUUACACGUUGCACUCAAGUAGCGUGUGCUUGUUCCUUGGGGGCUAUUUUAACUAACCGUCCUGUAAGGUUUGUUCUUUCAUUAGAGAGUAAUAUGGAAACAUGCGGAAAACGUUUUGGAUUGAUAAGUGAUUAUGAAGUAAGCGUCGAUAAAAAAGGAAAAAUUACAAGAUUAAUUAAUAAUUAUGCUCAAGAUGAAGGAUGUUCAAUAAAUGAGCAACCCAUAUUUGCUUCAAUCGCAUUUUUCAAAAACUGUUAUAAUUCCGAUUCUUGGAAAGUCAAUAGUAAAAUUGCUGUUACCGAUUCCGCAAGCAAUACUUGGUGCAGAUCUCCAGGAACAACAGAAGGUAUUGCCAUGAUUGAAAAUAUUAUGGAACACAUAGCUCGUAUUACAAAUUUGGAUCCAAUUGAAGUGAGACUGGCAAACAUACCUGAUGAUAAUAGAAUUAAGGAAUUGUUGCCCGAUUUUCUGAAAUCAAGCGAAUAUAAAACUAGAAAAUCAAAUAUUGAUAAAUUUAACAGUGAAAAUCGUUGGAAGAAGCGUGGUAUUGGCAUUGUACCAAUGCAAUAUUCGCAGGAUUUCUUUGGAGCUAUUCCAGUCAUUGUUUCUAUUUAUCAUACAGAUGGAACAGUCACUGCAAUUCAUGGAGGCAUCGAAUGUGGGCAAGGUAUUAACACUAAAAUAGUACAAGUAAUAGCAAAAACAUUGAAUAUUCCAUUGGAAUAUAUCAAAAUUAAACCUACGGUAAAUUAUAUGACAGCAAAUUCAGGAACAACAGGAGGUAGCAUGACCAGCGAAGCUUUAUGUUAUGCUGCAAUGAAGGCGUGUGAAACGCUGUUAGAAAGAAUGAGGCCUGUAAGAGAAGAAAAACCCAAUGCUAAAUGGGAAGAAAUAGCUCAUGCUUGCUACGAAAAAGCAAUAGAGCUUAGUGCAACUCAUAUGUUUAAAGCAGCUGAUGUUUCUGGAUAUCAAACGUGGGGUGUCAGUUGUGCUGAAGUUGAGGUUGAUAUUUUGACAGGAAACUUUCAGUUGCUAAGAGUGGAUAUUUUAGAAGAUACUGGCGAAAGUAUAAGUCCUUACAUUGACGUUGGGCAGAUUGAGGGUGCUUUUGUUAUGGGCUUGGGUUACUGGUUGUCGGAAUCUCUAGUUUACGACAAAAAUGGUCAGUUAUUAACAAAUAGAAGUUGGAAUUAUAAGCCACCGGGAGCAAGAGAUAUACCAAUUGAUUUUCGCAUCAAUUUCUUAAGAAAUUGUCCCAAUCCUCUAAGUGUUUUGAGAGCUAAAGCUACUGGUGAACCUUCUCUAUGCAUGUCAAUCGUUGCGUUGUUCGCUUUAAGAUAUGCUUUAGAUUCAGCAAGAAAAGAUGCUGGUUUGAAAAAUACAGACUGGUUUAACUUGGGUGCUCCAACUACAAUUGAAAAUGUACUUCUCGCAACCGGAACUAAUUCGGAUAUGUUUGUGUUUGGAUGACUAAUGAAAAAGUACAUAUUAUUUCAAUUAGUACAUUGUACAUAUUAUGCAAAUAAUGUAGUAUAGAAAUAUAUUUUAGUUUUACAUUGAA